AUGGCCUCGGGAGUUUCAGCUCCCUCCACCGCCCCCUUCCCACCUCCGCACCAAUGGCUGUUGGUGUCGGUGACUCAGUUAGAGGGCUGGGUCGCCCUCCGAGCAGGCAGACUGAGCCAAUCGGCUCGCUCCACCCUGACGACUGUGUUGCUGGGCCGGUUGCAUAACUGGUAUUGGAGUCUAGAGACAGGAUACAGUGAACGGCGUAAGUCAAGGAGGUACAAGUGUUGGAAGAAGAGCAAGGAGGGCAAAGGUAACACCAUCUACCUGUGGGAGUUCCUGCUGGCCCUGCUGCAGGACAAGAACACCUGUCCCAAGUACAUCAAGUGGACCCAGCGGGAGAAGGGCAUCUUCAAGCUGGUGGACUCCAAGGCCGUGUCCAAGCUGUGGGGCAAGCACAAGAACAAGCCCGACAUGAACUACGAGACCAUGGGACGGGCGCUCCGGUAUUACUAUCAGCGGGGCAUCCUGGCGAAGGUGGAGGGCCAGCGACUGGUCUACCAGUUUAAAGAGAUGCCCUCCGACCUGGUGGUCAUCGACGACGACGACAGCCAGGGCACGGAGCACAGCUCGGGCUACGGAGGAGGCGGCGGUCAUCGCGGCACCGCUAACGGGCGCGGCGGCGUCGGCCGUGGGGGAGCGUCCCGAGGCGGCGGGCAGGGCAAGGCUGGACACGUGGGCUCCAGGGGGGUGAAGAGGGAGGCCAGUCCAGGCCUGGUGUACAGGGGGGGCGACGGCAAGCCAGAGCAGCAGCAGCUGCUGCAAACGGUUCACGUGCUCCAGCCCAACCAGGGCGCCGCUGUGCCUGCACAGUCACACUCCGUCAGAACCAUCAACAUGCCAGCCACUGUCCCCAUGGUCCUGACGUCCAGCUCCCAGGCGGGCGGCUCCGUCACUCUGCAGACUGUGCCCCUGACCACUGUCCUGGCCAAUGGCGACGGCGGCCACAGCUCGCCUCCCCGGGUCAUCCUGCACACUGUGCCCUCCACCAGCCCCGGGGGCAAAGACGUGCUGACCAUCCAGACCGCCUCGCUGUCCACGGGCACCGGGGGCAACCUCUCCAGUGGCGGCGGCGGACUCCACGAAGGCCUGCUGGUGACCAGUCUGGGGUCGGUCGUAGGAGGAGGAGGUGGAGGAGUGAUGACCAGUGCCGGCUCGCUGAACGGCCUGACCCGCCUGGUGACGCUCAACGCCAAUGGUCAGCCCGUGGUGGCCCAGCAGCCUGGCACGGUCAUCGCCACCGUGUUCAAGCCUGGCGAGCUGCAGGGCCUCUCGGUGAAGGAGGAGAUCCUGGAUCCCUUCUACCUGCAGUCGCUGGUCAACUGCGACCCAGGGGCCGGCGGCAUCUACGUCAAAGAGGAGAUGGACGACGGCUAUGGCGAGCUCACGUACAGGACUGUGAUCUUCACUCAGGACGACGGCAUCGCUAACGGCGACAGUCUGGACGCCAACGGCAUGAACGGACACUCGGACGCCUCCUCGGGCGUUCCUCUGGCCAGCAGCCCCAGCGAGGGCCUGACUCCCGUCGAGGAGCUGGAGGGGGUCAGCGAGCCCAAGGAGCAGAUGGUGGAGGUCCCCGUCAGCGUUAGUCUGCCCACCUCCGACUUCAUCCAGAUUAAAACAGAGAUGUCUGAGACCUAGAGGCAACAUCACCCUAACCCCAACCGACCCCCCCCCCCCUCAACCCCUCCAUCCGCAGGCAUCUCAGAUGGAGUAUGGACACAAUCACACCCCCCCCCCCCCCACCCUUAACAAAAAAUGUCUAUUCAAAAGAAAACCAAAACCUGACUGCUGUUUUUUUUUUUUUUUUUCUUUCAAAGUUUCUUUCAUCAACAGUCAACAGUAGCAGCCGCAAAUUUGUAAUUUAUUGCUCUUAACGAAACAACAACAAAAAAUAUAGGCCCCUUGCCGGCCGAGGACAUUUGUUUACUCAUAAACUAUGUGAACCAGUGCCUACAUUUGAACUGUAAGGGAUAGCCUUUUUUGCAGAUGUCUGUUUGAUAUUUGGAAGGGGGGGGGGCACUAGCCCCUCUUCCCAUCCACAUGAACAUUCCCCAUCAGGAACGCAGCCAUUUCAGGAGCAGGGACCACCCGACCAAAUGUGCCAGUGAGAAGCUUAAGUCAAGUCAUCUCUUGUCCCUCCCCCCCCCACCACCAAUCAACCAAAGAACGUCACGGGAUGCAACUGAGUUGUCGGUAAUUGAAAACUCUGGUGACGGCAAAACCAAAACACAACCCUGUCGAGGACACUUUGAUGGCGUGCAGAUAGAAAGACUGUUGUUAAACUCAUCAGACCAGCCACCAGGUCUUCCACCCAUGGUGUGACUUACAAAUCAGACCAGCCACCAGGUCUUCCACCCAUGGUGAAAGAACAGCCGGAUAUCAGGGGAGUGACUUACAAAUAAA